AUGGCAAACUCGCACCAUGUCUUUUUACUCCAAUAUGCCCGUUUCCACGGCAUAGCUACUGAUUAUACAGAUCUUGACCCCCUCCAACAUAUUGACGACAUUUGUGACAUUCCUCCCAAUUUUCUCCACCCACCUGGGGACGCUUUCUCAGCUACUGAACAAAACAUCGCAUCCAGCCAGCGAAUCAUCGAGCAGGAUUUACGUCACGAAAAGCUCGACAUCAGGAAGGAAGGCCUGCAAUUUCUCUCGUCAGUGCUUCGCGACAUUAAACGAGACAAUAUUGAUGACUGUUGGGAACAAGUCCUUCCUUCGUGGUAUCGAUAUGAUGAUCUGAAGCUAGAACUUCCUCUCUUUACCUCUGACAAUGAUUCGUAUUUGGCACUUCCGGCUGAGCCGCUUCGCUACUCCCGAGAAGAGAAUAUUUUGUGUUCAAUUGAGGGACUUGCUAGCGACUACGAUAGCAUUUUCUCCAGUGAUAUGAUACAUGAGGCGGAUAUCAUUGGGAAUAGUGUUAGCAAAGAGAAGCUGGAUUGUUCUAAGGACGCAUUGCUUCUUAUUCAGGAUGCAAGGCAGGCUGGCAAUCGUCCUCCAGACUUGGAUGACUUGCUUCGUCCUUUUAAUGACGUGGCGAAGGAAGAUCAGUUCAAGCUUCAGUCCCCAUCCCUUUUGCCUCUAAAUGACGACUGCUUUCCUUGCGAUAGCCCACCACCGAGUUCAAGUGACCGCAUCCUAUUGAGUCCUCUUCGCCAUGUUUCACCCGAAGUACCAACAGACGUCAAUACCAUGCACUAUGAAGACUACUCUGGGGCUGAAAAUGAUCCAAGGAGUACCGUUUCAAUAUUAAAGAGUGAUUUGGAGGAUCAGGACCCUGAAGAAAUAGACAGGCAACUGACGCAUGAUCCAUCCUUAAAAAUGUUGUCAUUAUUCGAGCGAGAUUCGCCUGGUGGAAUGUCCAUUGCGGAUAUAGACACAACCAAUGAAAAGAGGCUUGAAUCCGACUUUGAGCAGAUCAUCAUGGCUGUGACAAUACCCACGAGUCCAAGCAGCGUUACUUCCCAGGUGACCUACACUGAGAUUACCGAUAACAUAGCAACAUCUGACUGUUUCCCUUAUGACAACUGCAUCGUGAAUGAUCUUCCUUCUCGACCAAGCUACUCUCCAAUUCCAUCCGCCUGUAGCACGUCUCACCAGGAAACAUACGUUCACGAGUAUCCAGAUUGCUCAGCACAGCCAGCCUCUGAAUCUCCGGUACCAGAGUUGCACCUGUUAACUCCGACAAUAGAAGGAGAUCUCUCAGUGACUUCCUGUCUUCCUGAAAUUCUACCCGAGAUUGAUGAAUCUAUUGGCUCAAGCAGUCAAUCGCUGUUGCGAAAACGAAAGUUGGACGACACUCAAGAGGAUAGCAAGACAACAGACAAUGCGGAUCAGAAAGCCAUUCCAACAAUGAAGGGAAAAACUCCUUUUAGACAAAACCCGGCCACAAGUCUUGGCUCCCUAUCACGGUUUAUGGAAACCAGAGGGCAGGGUUCAAUACGAGAAGUAGCCACCCAGAGCCAUUAUUUUAUUGACAAUAGGCACACAGAAAUUACUGAAAAGGAGCCCGACGUAUCGCUGCAUACUAAAACAUCAGAUAGCCACCCCAUUCACGGCACAGCUCAGGGCCAAUCUAAGAUAAUCUCCUUCGACCAGCUGCAGAUACCACGUUAUUUGCCUGGAAAUCACGAGCACAUAGUUCUCUCCCUGUCAACAUCACUCCUCAAAAGCCACCUACGCAUCGUUCAGUGCGUUGAAAGUAUGAGUCCUGCCACAUCAAUCAUCUACAGGGAGCCUAGUGGAAAGAGCUGGAAAAUGGCACCUGGAAGCCGUAUUCAAAAAAUAUCUACAUUGUCAUCAAACUGCGACGACGAAGCUGAUAUAAUUAUCGCGCGCAAAACUGGUAUCGUCUUGACCACUUCCCAAGCAACAACUCAAGUAUUCCUGCCAGGUCACAAGUCAUCAAUAAUGGGAGUUAUCCCAAAUGUGAACUCCCCUCUACGAGAACGCGUAUUCCGACUUGCGCGAAAGUAUGAAAAACUAUUUGUUCUUAUUUCUCAUUGCAGUGGUAUGACAUCAAACUUGCCAGAUACUGGAUUUACCAUUGAUAAAGCCAUACUGUCAUCUUUGACUGCCUUUACUGCUUUUUGUAGUUCUAUGGCCAACCUGAAUAUCUACCCUGUUUUGAUACCCUCUUCCCCCGAUAUCAUUGCAGGCUGGAUCCUUGCGCUUGCUGGUAAAUUUGUGAAUUCACAGGUCUGA